AUGUCGACUAUCCCCACCGCCGACCAGCUAUUUGCACGAGCGACGCCAUUUCCCAUCAUUAUAUGCCGGCAGUGCGAGUAUGCUGUACGGCCAAAGCAGGUACUUUACCAUUUAACCCACAGUCCGCAUCGAAUCCCCGUCUCGGUCGCCCGUCAGGUCGCCCAAACGAUUAGUAAUUGGGAUUGUAUCGAAGAAAAUCCCGAUGAACUUCAGUACCCCAUAUGGGUCGAUCAGCCCAUUAAGGGCUUACGUACUUAUAACGAUGGUCUUUUAUGCAAACGAGGUCAGUGUGGCUACGUAUGUCGGAAUCUUAAGACGAUGAAGAUCCAUUGGCGCCAGGAGCAUAGUUGGUCUAUACACGACCACGCAGGCAAGCCCCAACGAUCCGAAAUCGAAGCUAGUCAGCAGGCGAUACAGGACUCGAUGCUUCCAGUCAUCUGCCAGCGAUUCUUUAAGCAUGGCCAUGGCUCGCAUUACAUCCACGUUCGCAAGCCCGGCCCAGAUCAUGAACCCGUUGGACCGCCCCCCGCGCGGAUGUAG